AUGUUCUUCUUACGUUACCAUGAUGAACAACAAGCUGCAGAAGAUUCGGUUCUUCGAUUAAGAGGUGGUGGAUGUUUCGAUUGGUUUGAUCAGGUAAGUUUGGGAACCACUGUACAAUACAAUCAUUUUUUCAUGUCCAGUUUAAACUUAAUCAAAUGCGAGUUACACAAAUCGACCCCGUCAGAUCUCACAGGUACAGGUCAUACUCCGAUGCUCCCUCAAUUGAAUGACAAUGACCCAACAUCCUUCGAGGACCAAAAAACCAAGUCCAAGACGAAAUCGAAAGAUAAAUCUCAAGACAAAACCAAAACGAAGAGUAAGGAAGGUGAUGUAAAAAUCAAAGAUAAAGGUAAGAAAUUCAAGAUCAAAAACAAGAAAGACGGGUCCACCCAGACCAUUCUCAAGAAUCAAAAUGAUCCAGUGGUAUCCCCUUAUACAACCAGUCCUACCGCAGGAUUGGGACUGGGCGGGACUGGUUCGUAUGAGCCGAUUAGAAGAAGACGAUUUGAUCUUGGUCGAGAGGGAGAACAAAGCCGAGAUCAAGCCCAGCUGCCACCUGAACAAGUGCGAGAAGGAGGGGCGUUGGGGCUGAGCGGUUGUGGAGGUGGGAAUGAUAAUUCUUGGCGUGGUGAUGGGGCUAACGAGCCUGGGUUGAUCAGUAUGGAAUUCGCGAAAUGA